AUGAGUUGUGGAAUUUUCAUUCUUCUUUGUGGCUUUUAUAUGUUGCCAGUUUCCAGUAACUUCACUAGACAAACAACAUUGGGUUUGGUUAGGGGGAAAUUGGAGCAAUGGGACAACAGAAGUGUGGAAUGCUAUCUUGGAAUACCGUAUGCUGCUCCUCCCGUGAAAUCCCUUCGAUUCCAACCUCCCCAACCACACCCCGGAUGGAAGAAGCCUCUUGAUACAAUCAAAUUUGGCCCAAUAUGUCCUCAACAGCUUCUAUCUUCUGGUCAGUUGUCUGGCAAAGAAGACUGUCUUUGGCUGAAUAUCUACGUUCCCCAUAAAGAGAGAAUUCCAGACGUUAACAGUGAGUUGUUGCCUGUGAUGGUGUGGAUCCAUGGAGGGGCCUUUGUCCUCGGUUCUGGAAACUACAAGGCUCACGUACUGGCUGACUUUGGGCAAGUCAUUGUGGUGACCAUCAAUUAUAGAUUAGGAGUGUUUGGCUUUCUUUCCACAGGGGACAGUGCUGCAGUCGGUAACAGUGGACUUCUUGACCAACGAUUUGCAAUACUGUGGGUAAAAGCCAACGUCAAGCAUUUUGGUGGCAAUCCAGAUGCUAUCACAAUAUUUGGACAGUCUGCAGGAGGUGCUAGUGUUGGAUUGCAUUGUCUAUCACCACUCAGUUCGGGGCUUUUUAAACAAGCAAUUUUAGAUAGUGGGGUAGCUAUUGCACCCUGGGCAACAAGGUUGGACAAUCCUCUCCUCUGGGUGAAAAAACUUGCUUCCAUUGUAUCUUGCCCAGUUGCUAAUAGCCUAAAGCUCAUCAGUUGCCUACAAAGAAAAAAAACUCUGGAGCUCAUUAAAGGUGCCAUUCAACUGACCAACUUUAACUUUACAUUUGUACCAACGGUGGAUGGAUCAUUUCUUCCUAAAACACCACUAGAACUCUCUGAAAAUACAAGCUUAGUGAAACGGUUCUCCUAUAUGGCAGGGGUCAAUAGUCAUGAAGGAAGUGCUUUCUGGCCAUGGAUAAAAGAGAUCAAAUCGCAAGCUGAUUUUGCCAAUUACAUAAUGUCGUUUUUUCAAGCAGGAACAGAGAAGACUGUGUCUGAUGCUAUAUUGUGGCAAUACAGAGACUGGAUGGACCUGAAUUACAGCUCAUUCCACAUCCAGAGACAAACACUGGAUGCAGUUGGUGAUGUGGGCUUUGUUGCACCAUUGGUUAUGACAGGUGACUUCAUAACAAAAGCCAGCAAAGUUUAUGUAUAUUAUUUUACUAGGCGACCUAAUGCAUCUGUCUUCCCUGAAUGGAUCGGAGCAGGGAAUGGCGAUGAGCUUGCGUUUGUAUUUGGGAUACCAAUAUUUGGAGGACCACUUAUAGGAGAGGAGGAACAUGUACUGAACCAACAAAUAAUGUCAUAUUGGACAAAUUUUGCCAAAACUGGGUAA